AUGUCAUUGGUAUAUAUCCUCAAACUAUGGGCUUCCUAUGCCCUAUUUUUUCUAUCAGGAAACCUCUUUUGUCUCCACUAUACCUCUGCCAUACCAAUUUCUAAUAGCCAAGGAUCCGAAAAGUUCUUUGCGGACUUUUCCAAUGUUCCCAACGCCCCCCCUCCAGCAAUCUCCGGUUUCCUCCCUCUUCCAAUCUACAAGCAUCUAAAAUACCCAUCCUUCAACCUCGGUGCCACACAUCUACGGGGUCCAGGGCUCCUCGACCUCUUCCCGAUCAAUGCAUCAGUACCAUACGCCAUAGCCAGAUACUUAGUUGCAGACCUCCUCGUGACCAACCCUUCAUUCACCGCUGCAUACGAAAGUUCAGAUAUUGAAAAGUUCAACCUCCACAGUUUAAAUUAUUUUUGUUCUACUGUAAACAUCGGCCUCGUUCCCAACUCUCUUUUGAUCGAUUGUACGCUUAAAUUUGUUUCGUACUAUCCUUCAAAAAAUGGUGAUGGGGAGAUGGUAAAAGGUGGUGAGAUGGAGGUUAGGUUUGUACCAUUACCGGGAGGUGAAACGCCGAUAAUAAUGGCGAGGAAAAGUCCAAUGGCGUUUGUGGAUUUUGGAGGUGAAUUUGAUGGAGCUGAGACUGUGGAAAUUGAGUAUGUGAAGGGGAAGACGAUUGGGUUGAUUGGUGGGGUUGAAAUACCUGAGGCUUUGGCGUAUGUGGGGGUGGAUAAUUUGAAUUAUACGGUUUUCUAUAAGUAG